ACACCAGAGAGAGGCUCGAGCAGCAGCAGUGCCACGGCUGACACAUCCAGAACACGCAUCCGGACCAGCCCGUGCGCAGACAUGCACAAAUAACAGCGGGGCAAACGGGGACGAGCCUUUUCGUAGCGUCCAAAUGACCACUGCGCAAUGUGCGCAAAUCUGAGGAGAAAAUGAAACGCAAGAGCGAGCGAAGACGAGCCGAGUCAAGGAAAAAGCGCUGUGCAGCUCACAACAGCUCAGAGGCGGAGUCAAACUCUGAUAUUUACAUUGAGAUAACAGAUCAACUGUACUUCGCCAUACUCCAGCAAAAGAUCAAGAGCACAGCGGACCGCCACUGUUUCUGCAUAGACGAUGAGCUCUCAUAUGAAAACUUCUAUGCGGACUUUGGCCCGCUCAACUUGGCCAUGUUUUAUCGCUUUUGUUGCAAGCUGACAAAGAAGCUCAAGUCUAUUACUCUUUCAAAAAAGAAAAUCAUCUUUUAUACUUGUGGAGAUCAGAAGAAACAAGCCAAUGCUGCCUAUCUUAUCGGUUCUUAUGCAGUAAUGCAUCUGAACAUGACUCCAGACGAAGCCUAUAAUCUUUUAAUCUCACGGAAUUCUACUUAUAUUCCAUUUAGGGAUGCCUCUUUUGGAACUUGCAUGUACAAUCUCAGUAUUUUAGACUGCCUCUGGGCUAUUCAUAAGGCCCUUGAAUUUGGCUGGCUUGACUUUUCCAACUUUGACGUGGAGGAGUACGAGCACUACGAGCGAGCAGAAAACGGAGACUUUAACUGGGUAAUUCCCGGGAAGUUUCUUGCAUUCAGUGGGCCUCAUCCUAAAACCAAGAUAGAGAAUGGGUACCCUCUCCACGCUCCUGAAGCCUACAUUCCUUAUUUCCGUAAACACAAUAUCACCACCGUCAUCCGAUUAAACAAGAAGAUGUAUGACGCCAGGCGCUUCACAGACUCUGGCUUUGAACAUCAUGACCUGUUCUUUGUGGAUGGCAGUACUCCAAACGACUCCAUUGUUCGGAAGUUUCUCAACAUCUGUGAAAACGCAGAAGGAGGCAUCGCAGUUCACUGUAAAGCUGGUCUGGGGAGAACAGGCACGCUGAUCGCAUGUUACAUGAUGAAACAUUAUCGUUUGACCGCUGCAGAAGCCAUCGCCUGGAUACGGAUUUGUAGACCAGGGUCUGUCAUUGGUCCUCAGCAGAACUUUGUGGAAGAUAAACAGAACAAUCUGUGGAAAGAGGGAGACGUUUUCCGGGACAAGAUGCUUAAUGAACGAGGAAAUGGAAAAAUGUCUGUGACGAGGAUCCUGUCCGGAGUGGAUGACAUCACCAUUAACGGGACGAACAAGAACAGAACAAGCAAGAAAAACGACAUGGAGCAAUAUAUCGACGAUGAGGAGCGGAACGGUUUCACUCAAGGCGAUAAACUCCGAGCUCUGAAAAGCAAACGCCAGGCCAGGUCUUCAACUGGAUCAUUAUCAUUAGAAGAGAAUAAGAUUCAUACGAGGUCGUCAUCUCUCUCCCCGAGAGUGGUCCUGCAGGCCAGUAUCCAGGCCCUGUCCGAUCAAGCCGACAGCAGGAAGAGGACCAGGACUUCAAUGCCCUCUAGUGGCUUGAGUGGCAGUACCAGGUUGGUCAGGUCUCUAGGCAACUUGAAUGUAGUGACUGGAGACCCCAUGUGCUAUGAGGCGUGUGCCAGCCAUAGAGACACAGCCAGUGCUCCGCUCAACUUAAACAUGACACAGAUCCACCUGCAGUCACUCCAUACCCAAGGCUAGAGCACCUCUCCUACGAUGAGUCUGCCUUCUUCAGUGUAUCAACUUCACUUACCUGCCAAUAUAUUAUUUCAACAAGAUGGACAGAAUGUAGUUUUAUGUUUCAUACUCAAAAUGUUUCAGUGCGUAGACAAAGGCAUGCAGUAGCAGUCGUAUUACAGUACUCUUAUCUUAGAAAACUGAUCUAUGUUUCUCCAUAAUGAAAAAUGCGCCGUCAAUUACUACGAAUGACAAAAGGAAAGCCACUAGGCAUGUUUUGAGAUGUUUUUAUAUAUUUUUUAUUUGAAUGUUUAGUGCCUAUAAUCAAAUAGUUUAGCUACCAUGUUUAAAUUUGUAUAUUAAAACAAUUGUUAUAAUGUUAGAACAUUGUAAAUAUUUUGUACCAUGUUGGAAUCAUAUUCUUAAAUUACUAAUGGUCCUAAAAGGGCCGCAUGUAACCAUGGUCAUAAUCUACUAUAUACUUGUUAAAAGCACAUCUUUUUAAUAAAUUUUUUUUUUUUUGGUUUUACUCAACUGCUUCCAGAACACUUUUGUUCAGUUUCAGUUGACUCAUUUUGACCAAAAAAAAAGUACCAGACAAACU